AUGGUCGAGAUCAAAGAGCUUACCGUGGCGCAAGCCCACGAUGGAUUCAAAUCUGGCAGUUUUACAGCAAAAGACCUCGCAGCGGCGUUUCUGGACCGCAUCGCGCAGUUGGACAAAGCCGGACCGCGGAUUAACGCCAUGAUGGCUAUGUCAACUACUGCUUUAGAAGACGCUGCUGUGCUCGACGAGUACUUUAGAAAGACCGGCCAGUUCAAAGGACCACUACACGGGAUUCCUAUCGUAGCCGACACAAAGGGCAUGGUCACAACCUACGGCUCUGCCGCAACCAAGAACAACGUGCCCGACGAGGACGCCGUCGUGGUCACAAAGCUGAAGGAGGCCGGCGCCGUCGUGCUCGGCAAGACCACGGUCGCCGAGUGGGCGUGCGUUUGGUUUAGUGCCAACGGCGCAACGGACUACGAGUUCACUAAGAACCCGUACAACCUCGCGCACGACGUCGGCGCGUCCUCCGGGGGAUCGGGAGCCGCGCUGGCGGCCAACUUUGCCAUCUUGGCCGUGGGCGAGGACACUGGCGGGUCCAUCAGAGUACCUAGCUCGUUCUGUAACCUGGUUGGAAUCAGGGUGACACCGGGCCUGAUCUCGCGGACGGGCUUUUGCCCCCUGGUCAAGAACCUGGACACACCCGGGCCAAUGGCGCGGACAGUGACCGAUUGCGCACUGAUGCUGGACUCCAUGGUCGGCUUCGACCCGAAAGAUGGGUUUACCGGCUUCGCGGCCACGGCCGCAGCUCUCGGCCUCCCUCGUGGAGGUAGCUACACUGCGUACCUGGAGGAAGGCCCAUCCAAGAUAGCGAAAGCCAAGGUGGGUGUCGUGCGGCAGCGGUUCGGGUCAGACUCAGAUCCCCUGUGCAAAGCCGUCAACACCGUCAUGUCUUCGGCGAUGGCGGCGCUCGCCGCCGCCGGCACCACGUUCGUGGACGUAGAGAUCGAGGACCUGGAGCACCUCCUCGACCGCGCACAGACAUACUACCAGCGUUCACGCGCCGAUAUCAACGCCUUCCUGGCCACGAAGCCACACCUGCCGCAGGACGUCGCCGACAUGGUCCCCCUCAGCCACCCCGACAAGCCGUACAUGGACUUUGUCUGCGGUGUGGCGCACGGGCCGACCGACCCCGAGACGGACCCGAGCUACGCGGGCCGGAUCCUGGCCGGGGACGAGCUGCGGCGGCGGGUGAACUGCGCGCUGGCGGCCCAGGGGCUGGACGCGCUGGUGCUGCCGGACGUGCAGGUGCCGGCGCCGCAGCAGGCCGAUGCGACCAACGAGCGCUUCGCGGGCAAGGCGUUCCCGACCAACACGUUCCUGGCCAGCCUGGCCCGGCUGCCGGCGGUAAGCGUGCCGGCGGGCUUCACGACGGCAGAGCAGGGCACGCUGCCGGUCGGCAUGGAGUUGGUCGGGCUCGAGUUCCAGGAGCAGAACUUGUUGGAGCUGGCUAGGGGCGUAGAAGUAUUGAUCGGGGCGCGGAGGCCACCGCCGGAGCUGUGA